GACGUCAACAUAGACGAUGAGCGUCGUCUCAAGCUUCCAUCAAUCAUGGAAGAGUUUGAUUCUCGCAAGCCAACGUUGCAACACAGUGAAGCAAAUCAAAUCAACACAUUCUCUAUUCAUCAUCCAUGGCCUCCAUCGAAACACUUACGCAAUUAGCAAACUUCUCACAGCUUUUCUCCAUCUUCCCAAUUUAAACAAACACUUUCACUACGCUUCCUCUAUAUUCGAUUCGAUUGAGAUUCCUAACUCAUUCGUUUACGAUACUAUGAUAAGAAUCUGCUCCAGAAGCUCUCAGCCUCACCUGGGUUUACGAUAUUUUCUAUUAAUGGUGAAGGAAGAAGAAGAAGAUAUAACUCCUAGUUAUCUCACGUUUCAUUUCUUGAUUGUUGCGUGUUUAAAAGCUUGUUUCUUCUCUGUGGGUAAGCAAAUUCAUUGUUGGGUUGUUAAAAAUGGUGUCUUUUUAUCGGAUGGUCAUGUACAGACUGGAGUUUUGAGGAUUUAUGUGGAAGAUAAAUUGUUGUUUGAUGCACGCAAGGUGUUCGAUGAAAUUCCACAACCAGAUGUUGUGAAAUGGGAUGUUUUGAUGAAUGGGUAUGUUAGAUGUGGUUUAGGUUCUGAGGGGUUGGAGGUGUUUAAGGAGAUGUUGGUUAGAGGAAUAGAGCCUGAUGAGUUUUCGGUUACUACAGCAUUAACGGCUUGUGCACAAGUUGGGGCUUUAGCUCAGGGGAAGUGGAUUCAUGAGUUUGUUAAGAAGAAGAGAUGGAUUGAGUCUGAUGUGUUUGUAGGAACGGCUUUGGUUGACAUGUAUGCUAAGUGUGGUUGCAUAGAGACGGCUGUGGAAGUUUUUGAAAAGUUGACUAGAAGGAAUGUCUUCUCAUGGGCAGCCUUAAUUGGAGGAUAUGCGGCUUACGGUUAUGCAAAGAAAGCUACGACGUGUUUGGACCGGAUUGAACGAGAAGAUGGUAUUAAGCCUGAUAGUGUAGUUCUUCUUGGGGUCUUAGCCGCUUGUGCUCAUGGAGGAUUUCUUGAAGAAGGCAGAACAAUGUUAGAAAAUAUGGAAGCUCGAUACGGAAUUACUCCAAAGCAUGAGCACUACAGCUGUAUAGUAGAUUUGAUGUGCAGAGCUGGAAGAUUAGAUGAUGCACUUGAUCUUAUUGAGAAAAUGCCAAUGAAACCGCUUGCAUCUGUUUGGGGUGCUUUACUGAAUGGUUGUCGAACGCACAAGAAUGUUGAACUCGGAGAACUAGCUGUUCAAAAUCUUCUUGACUUGGAGAAAGGAAAUGUGGAGGAAGAGGAAGCAGCUCUUGUUCAACUAUCUAAUAUAUACUUUAGUGUUCAACGAAAUCCCGAGGCAUUUAAAGUUCGUGGGAUGAUAGAGCAGAGAGGGAUAAGAAAGACACCAGGAUGGAGUCUGUUAGAAGUGGAUGGAAUUGUAACCAAAUUUGUUUCGGGAGAUGUGUCACACCCAAACCUGCUGCAAAUUCACACACUGAUUCAUCUCCUAUCUGUUGAUGCGUCGCAGAUUCUCUAGCACUUUCUCAUAGAGUCCUCUUGUUUCUACAGACUCUGCUGCGCACCUGUAACCUGCAAUACACACUGGAGGGUUGUGCAAAGGCUAUGUGGGGAUGGAAAAAAAAAUUACUAUGAGAAUCAAGAGGAGCUUCUGGACAUGGCGCAGUUCUAUACCUUAUAUAUCAAAUGAUAACCUUUGACCCCUCAAAACUUGAACUGGAAACUUAAGGAAGGCCUGAAGACAAUGAUGAACCUCUCACAAGGCCCCCUGAGAGUGGCGUUGCAAAGAAGUGUCAGAUUCAGACUUGAUGGUAUCUAACAUUGAAAGAGAAGUGCAUGGGCAAAAGAAAGGAAAAACUGUAGCUACAUUUCAAAAUAGCAUGGUGUUUGGGCACACCUAUUACCAUCUAGAGAGUAGAGAGAACUGAGACUUUUCGCAUUGAAAAGCUGAAUAUAGAAUGUAACCGGUGAUUCAAAAGGGUGUGUGUCUUUUCUUCGCUCAGGAACAAUGGUUUAACCAGGUACCCGCUUGUCUUUUUUAUCAGUUGCUGUCUUAAGUUAUGUUGUGCUCCUUAGAAAUUUUGUUUGACUUGUAAAAUUUUGAUCUUUAAUAAAUUUAGGAUCUUGUUUAACAGAACACU